CUAUCACAUUCCUCCGUCGAGUUGACGGAAGUAACUCUGUAAUGAACACUAUAAGACCGUCUGUUCCUCGUUUAUCCGCUUUGCUUCGCAAGAAACCGUUUUCCAUGCCUUCUCCCGGGCCACCUUUACCGCCCGGCAUACUCGUUGACGAAGAGAUCUCGCCAGUAUACAAUUCCAAGAACUUCUAUCCAGCGAAGCCUGGAGAGAUACUCGCCGAUCGUUAUCAAGCCCUAGUCAAGGUUGGCUGGGGCGUUUCAUCAACAGUAUGGCUCGCGCGUGAUUUGCAUAUCGAGGAGCCAGAGAGCGUUGUAGCCCUAAAAGUCGCUAAUAAUAAUACUAGCUCUGCUGGUCGUGAGCGCGAGAUUGAAGAUUAUAUCUCCACGGCAGACCCAUCACAUCGCGGUCGUUCAGUUAUCCGAACAUUACUAGAUUCUUUUGAAACUAGAGGUCCAGAGGGUUCUCAUUCGUGUCUUGUAUAUAUGCCUAUGAGGGAGCCAUUAUCGAUGUACCAGCGGCGCUUUGACAAUGAGAGGAUGCCACUGCCACUUGUUAAAACAUACAUUCGUGCUCUUCUCAUGGGACUUGAUUAUCUUCACAAGGAAUGCAGGAUCGUCCAUACAGAUCUAAAGCUCGAAAACAUCAUGAUCUCAUUCGAGGACCCAACCGUGCUAGCCAAUUUCAUGGACUCUCAGCUUGAACAUCCCAUGGCUUUCAAGAUCGAUUUGACAGGACGAGCCGUGUAUCAGUCCCGUAGUGAUUUCGGACCACUAAGAAGCCUAAGGAGUAUACCACAGCUGGUUGACUUUGGCUUGGCGACCAGACUCGAGGAAGACGACGACUGGGGUGUUUGGCCUAUUCAGCCAGACCACUAUCGGGCGCCGGAGGUGAUACUCGGUAUUGGAUGGCAGAUGCCUGCAGAUAUUUGGAAUCUUGGUGUUUUGUUGUGGGAUAUGAUCGAAGGCAGAGAGCUAUUUCAGCAUAUCCAUGAUCGAAACGGUCGGUACGAUGCGAAACGACACAUUGCUGAGAUGAUUGCUUUAUUCGGGCCACCCCCUCCGGAGAUCAUACAAAGGUAUCAAUACAUGCGGGAGUACUCGUGGCCGGAACCUGUCAGACGAGAAGAUGACAGGGUAUGUGAGACCGCGGAGGAGUACUUCUGCGGGCCGUUCUUUGAUAAUAAUGGUCGCUUUCUCUACGAAGGCCUGAUUCCUGACCGGAAGCUAGGCGACUCAGUGUCCGUCCUUGAGGGAGAAGAGAAGGAAGCGUUUCUGGAUCUUGCCAGGGGAAUGCUUGGUUGGCAUCCUAAUUUGAGAAAAGCAGCUGGCGAGCUGGCGGGUCAUCCCUUCCUUCAACCAAAGGAAACACGGGCCUGAUUUCUGCGAGCGUUUGCUAGCAGAAUCACUCGAAUUUGCGGUUGAUCCCAGUUUGGCGGGCGAUGCUGUCAGACAACCGGGUCUUCCUUAUGAUAGCCAUCAAUUACAGUCGGUUGAUCUGUCUUUGAUGGAAAAUUAGCAUUAUAUUCUCAAUUGGAUCCAAGACCUCAAUCGGUCGUAGAUCCAUCAGAGUGAUGAUCAUUGAAUCUUCUGUCAAUGCGGACGAUAUGUAAAUAUUCAACUAGGUCGUGACCUGCGUCCACGACGUACAGUCUCGCGCACAGCUCAAAGCAUUGCGAAGUAUCUUGAUUCUUAUGUUGAGACAUGCCAUAUUUCUACCUUAUACGCCCGGGGCUGAGAAGGGAUAUAUUUCUUUUUUCCUAC